UCCCCGCCCACCCUCCUCUCACGCGCACCCCCGCCAGCCACCAGAAACCCCCGCAGGGCACCCCGCCCCGAGCCAGGCACAGCAGCCUCGGCGUUCGGUUUUCGGACGAGCUUGAAGUGCAGUUCUUUGAGACCGGGGAUGGAGACGGCAGCUCCCGCGUCGUCAGGAGGCAAAUUGUUGACCUCGCUGGCGCUUCCGAUGUGUGUUCAAGUGCAGUUGGAUCGGGAUCUGAGUGCACAUCGGGUCACGGAGGUUCGGAGGGGUCUGGUGCCGGGUCAUGUGGACUCUCAUGCCAAAACCAUACCGAUAGAGACGGAAUUCCACGUGACAUCAGCGCCAGCGCGGUGUGUACAGGGGUGAACGGACUAAAAACGUGCGUCGCUGGAGACUGUGAAGAGCCAACGGAACCAGACUCCGAAGCCGACAAGGGAUGUGGAAGUUCUGAGACACCGAAAUCGAGCGGCCUCUCCCGGGGCGAUGGAGCGCGAGACUGUAAACCUUCGUCUGGCGGAAGACAAUGCGAUGAGGACGACGAGACUGACUGCAACAGAGCCGACGACAACACCAGCAACAACCACAACGAGUACAGCCACAGCAACGGCAGCAAGAACCACCGAGGAAACAGUCACGACGAAGACGACGCGGACGACGACACUCGCCCAACGCGGAUCCUCAACCUGCAGGUACUCGGUCCGAGAGUGACGCAGCACCUCAAGCUGCACUGCAUGAGGCCGGCCUUCACCCUCGAGGGCAGACGGUUCGUUUCAGAAGGCCAGGAAGAAGCGCUGAGAGAGGAAAUGGAGCAGGAAGGAAGGAAGAACGAAGGAGAAUGUUAUAUCAAAGGAAGUCCAGAGUGUCUGGUUUUCCAUCAUUCAGAAUCUCAGCUUUCGAGGUUUUCAGCUUUUAUGGGCGAGGAUGGGAGGAGAGUGGCGGACAGUGUGGAUCACAAGAAAGAAAAAAACAACAACGAAGUCAACGCCCUCGUGACGUCACUGACCGCUGCGGACGGAAAAGAAGCAAUAGAAGAAAAGGCCAAAGAAGAAGAAAGAACGAAGAAAGAAAAGAAAAUGGCGAUACCCCCUCCCGUCCCUGGUCCUCCUCGGAUGUUCAAAGUCGUUCUCAUUGGCGACUCCGGAGUGGGGAAGACCUCCUAUAUCCACAGGGCGUGCACCGGAGAGUUCAGAGGAGACUUUGGGUGCACUGUGGGCGUGGAUUACCGUGUCUUGGAAGUGAUAGUGGGCGGCGUGAGGGCGGUGUUGCAGCUCUGGGACACGGCCGGUCAGGAGCGCUUCCGGUCCAUCACUCGGCAGUAUUACAGGAAAGCUGACGGCGUCGUGGUGAUGUAUGACGUCACGAACGAACAAUCUUUUCUUAGUGUCAACGACUGGCUUACGUCCGUGAAGGAAACAGCAGGAGCAGACGUGAGCGUGGCCGUGCUGGGCAACAAGUGCGACCUGGCGGCUGCGCGGCGAGUUCCGAAAGACACCGCCUACAAGAUGAUUAGGGGCCACAACUGCCUGAUGUACGAGGUGAGUGCAGCCUCGGGCAACGGAGUGCAAGAAUCUAUCAAGCAUUUAGCAGCUCUUUUGGCCACUCAGCAGGAACACGACUUGGCCACCAGCACGGCUCUCGAACUCCACAGUGAGGACAAGAAAAAGAAAUUCUGUUGUCGAGAAUGAGUCAAAACUUUCAUCGGUUUUGAAGUUUUUUCGUUAUUUAUUUACAUUUUCUUUCUCUCUCUCUCUUUUUUUUUAGAAGGGUAUUUAUUUUCCUGUGUCGUUUUUUUUUUUCGUUUUACUGAACUGCUGUUCAACUUAUAUUGUGAUUUAUUGAUUUUUAGAUAUGAUUUAUUGAAAUAUUUUCUCGGACAUGUUUAAUGGUUCAUUUUUUAAAAGCAGGUUUA